AUGUCAUCUUCUUAUGGGAAUACUGGAUAUAUAAAUCGUGGUCGUGAUAAUCAAUUCCCGGCAUACAAUCAAUUCCCAACAAAUAAUUAUCAGGCAUACGGAAAGCAUCCGGAUGAUUAUAAUCGGUAUGAAACAGCACGUUCUCGAAGUCAUACAUCACAACGACAACGAGAAGAAGAUGAAAGGAGUCGAUUUUCGGGAUAUGGUGAUCGACCAGGUUCUGGGGUUGAAUUUAUGCCAACAAAAUGGCAUGGUGGUGAGAUUAUUACCGAUCCGGGACAUUUGCCUCGCUCAUUGAAGCCACGUCGUUUGUAUUAUUCACCGAUUGGUGAUGGUGUUGUCGCUGCGGAUGGUGUUGAAUUGAAACGAGCUCCGAAAGAUUUGUCACCUAAAAUAACGGUGACACAUAGCAGAACCGUUGACAGAGGUGAACCUGGCCAUGAUGGUUACAAUAUCUAUACACGGACAAUGACUCAUGAAUUAGGGAAUGAUUAUGGGAGUGAUAUGGGUGGAAGUGGACGUGAUUCACGACUCACAGGCGGCAUAUCACCAGGUAGUGAUUCGUUUGGACAACAAAGUGGUGUUAGUCCAGGUAUGAGUUAUGGUGGACGAGAUUCGGAUUACAAAGGAGGAGGAAUAGGAGAACGAAGACCAGGAAGUGGUACUGGUUAUGGUUCUAGUAGUGGUGGAGGUAAUACACCAUUCGGUCAUGGAAAAGAUUAUUUAAGUGAUGCUGGAUCUGGUGAUAUUGGUUAUCCAUGCGGUCGAGAAAGCACCAGAGGACGAGAUACUGGUAAAGGUUAUGAGAUCGAAUCAUCCAAACAAGCUGUAGAUGGAUAUGGUACAGGAAUACGUGGUGUUGAUAGUUAUGGUGUUGGAUCACGAGGUAUAGAUCUUCAUGGUACCGGAUCAUCAAAUUAUCGCUAUCAUUCACCAACUACAACUUAUCAACAUUCACCAGCUUAUCAUAAUUCACAUAGUACACUUGGUUUCAAACAAUCUGAUCCAUUUAUGAGUGAAUCUAGAGGUCGUUCCCAGAGCGUUGACCUAUUAAACGGACAGGACAAUUAUGGUGAUUACGGAUUUAAGAAUGAUGAUCGCUCAAGUGAGCCAUCCGCAUUGCAUGAAUCAGUGAAAUCCGAACGAUACCAUAAAUUUGAUGUAACCAAAGAUUACUUGAUAACGAAUCCACGUGAACUAAUCCAUCAAUAUGCAACCACAACUCCAGUUUCUAUACUAGAAAUACCUGAAACAUCAUCACGUACAGUCAAGAAAAUGUAUUCAUCAACAACCGAAGAAAAAUAUGCACCGUAUCCACCAUACAAAGGUUCUAAUGCUGUUGUUCAUCCAAAUAAUUUCGUUCGCCAAUUAAGAGAUGAAGGAUUAACCGUAUCACAACGUGAAGCAAACAGGCAUCAAAAUCCUCUGACGACCGAUGAUCCGGAAAUUACGCAUAAAAUUUCGGAAAUACGUAAGGAAACAAGUCGAAUAGCGCCAAUAAACAAAGAGAUUGACCAUCUAACUGAAAAGAUGAUGUAUAAUUUACAGAGCGGGCAACAAACAUCACUGCAUUAUUAA